AUGUCUCACGACGAACACCCCGACCCUCAACGAGGCGCACCGCACUCUCCACCAGAAGAAUAUGGGCCUUAUCCAACUUCGACAUACCCCAACUACAGCAGCUCGCGAGCCUACUCUCCACCGGCCCGCGCGGCUGCGGUAGCCACCAUAGAGGCCACCACUGCGAUGUCUGCCGACAAAACCAUCACCCUUUUUGAGAAAUGGGCUGCAGAUGCUUCCGAUUCCCAGUUCAACGCUCUUGCUGGCGCCGUGGGAGGCUUCACCUCGGGUGUCGUGACCUGCCCGCUCGACGUCAUCAAGACUAAGCUGCAGGCUCAGGGCGGCUUCAAUCCUAUUGCUAAAGGGAGGCACGUCGGACACCCAAAACUGUACAACGGCUUGCUUGGCACGGCUGGUGUAAUAUGGAAGGAAGAAGGUAUCCGCGGCAUGUACAGGGGCCUCGGCCCGAUAGUGUUGGGUUAUUUGCCCACUUGGGCUGUUUGGUUUACCGUCUAUAACAAGAGCAAGGAUUGGCUGAAGCAGCACCAUGACAAUGCGGUGUUCAUUAAUUUCUGGUCAUCAAUCAUAGCCGGUGCUAGCAGUACUAUUGUCACGAACCCGAUUUGGGUCAUCAAGACCCGUUUGAUGUCGCAGAGUGUCGCACAUGAUCCUGGCAAGCACUAUUCUCAGUUUCCGAAGUCGUCUAACACACCGACUUCAAGGCCGACGUUGCACAGUAAUUGGCACUAUCGAUCGACGGUCGAUGCCGCGCGCAAGAUGUACACAUCGGAAGGCGUUCUUUCCUUUUACUCCGGCCUGACGCCAGCCCUUCUGGGGCUUACACACGUAGCUGUCCAGUUCCCCGCUUAUGAGUAUCUGAAAACCAGAUUCACUGGUCAAGGUAUGGGCGAGCCCGCACACGGCGAUGCGCAGGAAUCGCAGUGGGUGGGAAUCCUGUGCGCUUCGAUAUUGUCGAAGAUUAUGGCAAGCAGCGCUACUUACCCGCAUGAAGUUAUCCGGACCAGACUGCAAACGCAAAGAAGACCGGUGGCAGGUGCCGAAUACCUCCAAGGCAUGGGCAUCAAGGUUCCUUCCUCGAUGUUGGGAGACGAUGCCAAGACACAACAGCCGAUAUCACCAAAGUAUCGCGGCGUGGUCAGCACCUUCCGGACAAUCCUCAAAGAGGAAGGAUGGAGGGCUUUCUACGCUGGCAUGGGCACUAACAUGAUGCGAGCGGUGCCGGCCGCGACGGUGACGAUGUUGACGUACGAGUUUGUUAUGAAUCAUUUGAAUCACGCAAGGGCAGAGGGUAGGAGGAAGCUCGGAAGGGAAGCCGAACCAUGA